AUGGCGCCUAGCAAUCAACCAUUUACUUUGCGUUCAAUUCUUGAGAAAGAUAAGUUGAAUGGAACAAACUAUGCGGAUUGGAUCCACAACCUGAGAAUUGUUCUUAGGGCUGAGAAAAAGGAAGAAAUUCUAGACACCCCAUUACCACAAGAGCCUGUUGAUAAUGCACCUGCUGUAGAGAAAAACGCUUACAAGAGAGCAUGUGAUGGUAAUCUUGAAGUGAGUUGCCUUAUGCUUGCUUGUAUGGAACCAGAUCUACAGCUACAGUUUGACAAUAACCAUGCAGCGCACGAUAUGAUCGUGGCGCUCAAUGAUAUGUUCCAGACUCAAGCCAGGACUGAAAGGUUCAGUGUCUCAAAGGCUUUUGCUAAAACCAAGCUAGCAGAGGGCGUAGCAGUUGGGCCACAUGUGAUCAAAAUGGUUGGUUACACUCAGAGGUUGGAGAAGCUAGGCUUCCCAAUUGGCCAUGAAUUAGCUACUGAUUUUAUUCUCGCGUCUCUUCCGCCUAGCUAUGGAAAUUUCGUCGCGAACUACCAUAUGCAUGGGGCGGAGAAGGGCUUGAAUGAAUUAUGUGGCAUGCUUAAAACAACAGAGGCUGAUAUCAAGAAAGGUGCUGGCAGUAGCCAUGUGAUGGCGGUCCAAAACAAGCCUAAGUUUAAGAAGAAGGGCAAUUCUUGGAAGAAGAAAAGGGGCAAGGCUAAAGAUGAGAUCUCUAAGCCAAACCCACCUGCGCCCAAGGCUGGACCAGCUGCUGAUGCUGAGUGCUUUCAUUGUCAUGGGAAAGGUCACUGGAAGAGAAACUGCAAGCUGUACCUAGAAUCCAUAAAGGAUCGCGGCAGUAAAGGUCAUAUAAGUGAGAAUCGCAUGAAGAGGCUCCAUUCUGAUGGACUUUUAACUUCGUUUGAUUUUGAAUCAUACGAGACAUGUGAGGCUUGCCUGCUGGGCAAGAUAACCAAGAUGCCUUUCAUAGGUUUUCCUGAGAGGGCGUCUAUGAUGAGCCAGUCAGACCUACCAUUAUCAUUUUGGGGAUACGCUCUAGAAACAACCACUUUCACAUUGAAUAGGGUACUGUCUAAGUCAGUAGUUAAGACACCACAUGAGAUGUGGACUGAUAAACUAACACCCAAGUCAGACAAAUGCUUUUUUGUGGGAUAUCCGAAGGAAACUUUAGGGUAUUACUUUUACAACCGAUCAGAGGGCAAAGUGUUUGUUGCUCGGAACGGUGUUUUCAUAGAGAAAGAGUUUCUCAAAAUAGAGAAAAGUGGACAUAAGGUGUAUCUUGAAGAAGUUCAAGAUGAGCCAGUUAGGAAGGACUCUACGAGUGAUGCUAAUGUAGCCGAACAAGUUGAGAUACCCGUGGCAAUAGAAACACCGCCACAACCACGAAGGUCAGCAAGAAUUCAUGAGUUGCGUGGGGAUUUGUUAUUGUUAGACGAUGACGAACCUGCGACUUAUGCAGAAGCAAUGAUGGACCCAGAUUCCGAGAAAUGGCAAACAGAGGCCGAGUACAUUGCAGCCUCUGGAGCUGCGAAGGAAGGUGUUUGGAUGAGGAGGUUCCUCAUUGAACUUGGUGUGUUUCCGAAUGCGUCCAGCCCAUUGAAUCUACAUUGUGACAACAAUGGGGCAAUUGCGCAGGCUAAGGAGCCAAGGAAUCACCAAAAGAACAAACAUGUACUGCGGAAAUUUCAUCUCAUUCGAGAGUUCAUUAGACGAGAUGAGAUCAAGAUGUGCAAGAUACACAUAGAUUUGAAUGUUGCAGAUCCUUUGACAAAGGCUCUUCCACAGCCUAAGCAUGAGGCACACAUGAGAGCUAUGGGUAUUAGAUAUCUUUGA